AAAAAAAAGCUCCUCACCUUUAUCCGUUCGCUCCUCCUAGCGCUCAGCUUCAAUGGCUGUCGCGACCGUGACUCUCUUCCUCACGCACUCUCGCCGUCUUCCCUAUCCCUCGUUUUGCUGUACCCAUUCCUCCUCCUCCUCCUCCUCCUCAUUUCUUCCCUUUAGCAUGUCGCUGUAUCGCUCACAAUCCCCUUUUCUCACUCUGUUCAUUCCUUCUAGACUGCGAAGAUUUCCUAGGGUUCUUGCCGUCGCCGAAAAUGAAAGGAAUACCGUGCUAUCGGAGUCGGACUUGGUGGAGGAGGAGAAAGCUAUUGGCGGAGGAGUUGGCGCUUCAGAUGAGACGAAGCUCCGAGUGCGACCCUGUGAGCUCUACAUUUGCAAUCUUCCGAGGAGCUAUGACAUAUCACACUUACUGGAAUUAUUCAAACCGUAUGGAACUGUUCAAUCUGUUGAGGUAUCACGGGAUCCUGAGACUGGCAUUAGUCGUGGGUGUGGUUUUGUUACAAUGGGCUCAAUUUCUGAAGCAAAAUAUGCAAUAGCUGCUUUGGAUGGAUCUGAUAUCGCCGGACGUGAAAUGCGAGUUAAUUUUUCAGUUGACAUGGUUUCUGGUAGAAAAAAUGUCGAGGCUUUGAACUCUGCACCUAAAAAGAACUUUGUCUUUGAAAGUCCUCAUAAGAUUUAUGUCGGAAAUCUUUCCUGGUCAACUAGACCUGAAGAUUUGAGGGAACAUUUUAGUCAGUUUGGAACAGUUGUUAGCACGAGGGUGCUUCAUGAUCGUAAGCGAGGGAAAAAUCGUGUCUAUGCAUUUCUUUCUUUCUCUUCACCUGAUGCAGUCAAGGUUGCGACAAAAGCAGAUGGAUCGGAGUUUUAUGGAAGGGUUAUGUUAGUGAGGGAAGUUAUUAAUGAGGAGGCUUGACGUAAUCAAAUAAUUGUUUUCGCAAUUUUAUGUUUGUUUCUUGCUAUUGGGGUUUCCAGGACCACACCAUUUAGGGUGCACUUAUGGCUUGCAACAAAGUCAGGAUAUCAUUGGUUGGCCGAGCUUUAUGUGCAUCGUUCUGAAACUCUCUACCACCGAUUUAUAAUAUUAUUGUAACAUAUAAGUUUUGUUGAUUAAGUUGCUAAUAUCAGGAAGAAAUAGCCGUUUUGUUCCAGUCAUAAUUGUAUUGUUGAAUUUCAUUUUUUUUAACAUGUAUAAUAUAAGAUUGUACUUUGGGCUUUCAGUUGAUGAACUUGUUUAAUGUAUCAAAUGUAAUCACUUUGA